CACGAGGGAUCAUCGGAACGGCACUGUUCUUUCAUGCCGUUCCAGUUUUUGGCAAUUUGUCAAGUGUCACGUGCUCACAAUAGGUAACUACCGAACCAAUUUUUUAAAAUGGUUGACAAGAAGGAAUAUCCUGCAUCUUCUUCGAGAGGCCUUCGUCGAAGAUUCUCGGGCGAACACAAACGCGAACGUGAAUGCGAUGAUGCCAUCGAUUUCGCACAAGUGCAUGGGAAACGUUCUUCAAACCAAAACGAUAGACAGGUAUCGGGAUCGCCGAAAUUUGGUAGAUUUCGAAUCCCUGCCAUUCUUGUCACCUUGCUGGCGCUGGCUGAGAUUAGCCGGCAGUCGACGAAAUACUUUGUCGCGAAGAUAAGUCGUUUGGGAGAUAGUACCGUCUAUAUAAACUAUUACGACGACAACAACAAGAACAAGAAAGACGACGACGACGACGACGACGACGACGACGACGACGACCAUUCUUAUUAUGGUGGUUUCCAAGAUAAUUUUCGUACGAAUGGUCGCAAUAACCAUUAUGAUGGAGACGACAACUAUUACUUUCCCGAGCGCAUAUAUUACGAUAACACAGAAGACUACGAACACGAUUGGGAAGUCUUCAAGACGUUUGCAUCUAAUUAUGGAUCUGGAAACGAAUUGUCAGUAUUGUUAAAUUGCCCCGAUGUCCACUCAGCAGACAGAUACGCUAAUGUUGUCAUUCCUGACGAGGAAAGUUUCAAACUCAUGAACAAAGUGUAUCACUCGACAAUGGCGAAGUAUCGCACAAACGAGAGCAAGUACGAUACCUUUCCUACGGAAUACCGGAGUCAAAUGACCUUAUCGACAGAAGUAAGGAUCGCCCCUGUUGUUGGCAGAGGCAUCUUCGCAACAGAAGAUAUUCCUGAAGGAUCUGUUGUCUGGAAGUCAACGAACACUGCUGAAUUCCGAUCGGGAAAUGCUUAUAGGAAAUUCAUAAUCGGGCUAUCCAUGUACGACAAAGACUUGGCGUGUGAUGCUAUUCUAUGGUCCUACAUUGUCAAAGCAUCUCCCACUGAAUUUGCAGCUUGCAUCGACAUGGACGCGGGAAGCAUGUUUAACGACGCAAUGGGUGUUACAAGAAAUACGGAUGUAGGUGGGAUAGAUAGGGACACGAAAUAUGGCUGCACUGGAAGAUCGCUUUACGCAACAAGAAAUAUACAAGCCAACACUGAACUUCAUGUAGAUUAUGGUACAUUUGUCCAAGAUGACUGGAACAAGUUGGGUUUGUGUGCUUGGGGCGAAUCACCACCAUCAGUAGGAUGUGAGGCAGCUGCAAAAGCUACAUAUUUGAAAGACAAGGAAAUAAAAAAACGGAUAGCCCCCUUUCCAAUCGAUGCAUCUUGAAAUGUGGAUCUUAUUAGAAAGUACAGGUACUGUACUAAAAUACUUUAAACACC